CCGAGGUUAGGAAACCUCAGGCGGUUCAGCGUGAGCAGACCCGUGGUGCCGAACGCGAUGGAAAAACGUCUUUCGCGGCUGCAGACUGGUGCAAAUAAGGAGACGUACGGGACUUUCGUCUUCGAGGACGAGGGACACACCCUGGGGAACGCGCUCGCCUCCGUGAUAAGCGAAUAUCCUGGGGUCAAGAUUUGCGGCCACACGGUGCCGCAUCCGGCGGAGAACAGAGUGCACCUGAACAUCCAGACGACCGGCGAGAAUGUGAUCGAGGUGUUGAAGCGAGGCCUCCAGGACCUCGAGAAGAUGUGCGACCACACGCUCGAGACGUUCGACAGGGCCUGCGAGAGGUACAGAGCUUCGCAAGACGCCGCUGACGAUACGUGACGCCGUGUUCUCUCAUUAGAUCCCUGAUAGAUUCACAAGUUCUUUAAUUGAAUUAAAAUUGCGUGCGUCAAGGCCCUAUGCCCGUUCUACACCUAGGGAUGAUCCGAUUGAGUGAAUAUAUGGACAAAGAUCGUCGUAUUGAAACAGUUUACAGGCUCUGAUGCUAUAUCUACAUAAGAAGAGUGUUAAAAAUCAUAGUGAAAUCAUACAAAAACCAUACUUGGUACGAUAGUCUUAGUAAAAUGUCCGUGUAAACUUCUCCACUCGGAUGAGCCACAAGUAGGAUCAUCCCUAGGUGUAGAAUGGGCAUUUAUAUUCUGAACCCUCUUUCAUCGAUAAAAGAGGUUUCAGGAUACGCCCAAGUUUCUUAAUGAGUGGAAUUAAUAAAUAAGUUUCUUAAUUGACGAAGAGUUCAAGUUGCGUACGUUGACCCUUGGAUCCCCAAGUUAUAAAAGUAAUGACACUUUGUUUCGCAAAAUUGUAACAAUUGUAAAACGUAGGGUACAAAGGCUUUUCGUUAUUGUGCGCGCUCAAAAAUAUUAGCGAAUUCAUAUUUUUAACGUCAUUUGGAGACAUUCUCAUUUUACAAAAAAAAUACCAGAAAUUCUAUCCAUCCCCGUUAAAAGUCUAUCAUAAUCGAAGCUUCUUAAUAAAACAAAUUUACAAAUAUGUAUUAAA